AUGGAGGUUGAAAUAUUUGAUGUGUGGGGAAUUGAUUUCAUGGGUCCUUUUAACCCUCCUUCAAAUGGGAAUGUUUACAUAUUGGUAGAUGUGGACUAUUUCUCCAAGUUGGUAGAGGCCAUUGCAAGUCCCACCAAUGAUCACAAGAUAGUUCUUAAGCUUUUCAAGACCAUAAUCUUUCCAAGAUAUGGAGUUCCAAGGGCUGUGAUUAGUGAUGGAGGAACACACUUCAUCAACAAGGUCUUUGAGGGAAUGCUAAGGAAAUAUGGAGUUAAACAUAAGGUGUCUACAACUUAUCAUCCUCAAACAAGUAGGCAAGGUGGAGGUUUCAAACAAGCAAAUCAAGGCCAUUUUAUCAAGAAUAGUGAGAGCAAUAAGAAAAUAUUGGUCUAA